AUGGAGACAAUUUUUCAGUGCUCUGGAGAACCCCCUAAGUAUGAUAAAGUAGAGUUGUGUACUCUUGAACUCCACCAUUUUGGUUUGUUGGAAGAUGACGUGCAUAAGGGAGGCAAAGUAUUGGUGUUGUAUUACCAUGAUCCUACUCAUAACAACGAGCUAGAGAGUGAAGAUAAAGAGCAACAACAGCAUAGUGAAGAUGCUAGCAAUGAAGAGGAAGAGGAAGAGGAAGAGGAGGAAAAAGAAGAUGUUAUUGUUGACAGUGAUUAUGAAUUAAGUGAAGAAGAAAAUGGUAAUGAAGAGGCUGCAUCAAGAGAACAACAAAGGAACGAUGCACGAAACGUUAAAAAUGCACAAUGUUUUGAAGAGAUGAAUGAAAUGCCUCUUAAUGAAGCUACAUGGGAGAUAUCAUAUGAUGAUGAAGAUAGUGAUCGACUUCCUUCUUAUGGUGAUAACUCUGGUGGUGAGGAAGAUGGUCAAAAAAAGAGGAAAUGGAAGAAGCCAAAUUUUAAACAAUUUAGGAAAGAAACUGAUAUGAGAAAUCUAGAGUUUAGAAUUGGAAUGCAAUUUGCCAACAAGGAUGAACUCAAUGAAGCUAUUAGGGAGUAUGCAAUUAUGCAAUGGAGGAAUGUUAAAUUGGUGAAGAAUGAUAAUAAAAGGAUUCAAGCAAAGUGUGUAGGUCACACGAAAUGCCCUUUUAUUCUGUUUGCUUCCAAGAUAGACAGAGAUGAGCAGACAUUUGCCAUAAAGACUCUCUCCUUAGUGCAUGAGUGUACUAGAGUGGACAAACUUAAAUAUACUAAUUCAAGGUGGUUGUCAAAAAGGUUUGCUGACAAGAUUAUGAAAAAUCCUGAGUGGGAUGUAGGGCAAAGAAUGUUUUAA